CAAUCUCUCAACUCAUCUCUGCCACAAUUUGCGAGGUGAAACAAGACCAAUUGGAAAGGAGGACUAUUUUUUACCAGCGUUGGCCUGGUAAGUUCCGAUGAGGCUUCGACUGUUAAAUUCUUUCCGCCGACUCCUUUGUGAUGGGCCGAUGAAAGCCUGCAUUUCGGCAACCAGAGAUAUUUUCCCGAAAUAUACAACUGAUAGUUCGUGAUAGCACUGACAUUCACUGCGGAAGAGGACCAGGUUCGAUUACUAUCAUGAACAGGUCCUCCGGUACGACAGGCAGCACCGAGAAGGCAGCGAACAACCCGUUGGAGCAGUUCGUCCUGCUGGCUCAGACUGCUAAAGGUGCCGCAGCUCUUGAACUUAUAAAGCAGGCCGUCGAGACACCCGGGGUCCAUGUCUUCGGAGAACUAUUGGAUAUGCCGAAUAUUAAGGAGCUUGAGAACGGUCCACAUGCCGAAUACUGGAACACCUUGGCGCUUUUUGCUUACGGGACGUACAAGCAGUACCUGGAGAAUAAAGAUAAGCUCUUGGAGUUGACCCCCAUUCAGCGGAAGAAGCUUCAACAUCUGACCAUCGUCACGCUGGCUACGAAGUCGAAGUGUAUACCCUACUCCGUUCUUCUGGAAGAGCUCGGCAUAAAAAAUGUCAGAGACCUGGAGGACUUGAUAAUCGAAGCCAUAUACGCCGACAUUAUCCAUGGGAAACUGGAUCAGAAGAAUUCCCAGCUCGAGGUGGACUACGCGGGUCUGGGAAGAGACGUCAGACCAGGAGAUGCCGCUGCUGCUGUGGAGACUCUUGAAGCCUGGGGUAGAGCGUGCGACGCGAUGUUGGCCUGCAUCGAUCAGCAGGUGUUGCGAGCUAACAGCGAGAAGCAGAAGGCGACCCAGCACAAGGACAAGAUCCAGCGAGAAAUCUCGAAUAUAAAGAAAUCGCUUGCGGCGCAGGCGGGUGGCGGAGGCGUUCAGGAAGCUGAUGCAGCGGCGGGAGGAACAGGAUCGGGUGGCAGUGAACCCGGUAGGGAAGCUCUGCCUCCGGAUUCUAAAAAAAAGCAGCAGAAAACCAAAGGUAUCCGAGGCAGCGGUAAGUUUUGGAAGUCUUGAGAGAGAGUCCCCGUCGAGCCUAUUAGGUCGGACGCUGCGCUUACGAUACUGCCUAGGAUACCGCACCUAAAUCUCGGAGCUGAUCCCUCGACUCCUGCGGGAGAGACGUGCCCCUGUGGGACCGAUCGGUGCGAAGCUGGUGCGCUCGCAAACGAAAGGACUUUUACCUCGAGCAUCGAUCCCAGAUCGCGACCGGUAGACUAGUCCGUACUCAAAGCGGUCGCACGCCGACCUGCGGAUCGCUAAUUUACCGUCAACCAUAAGCUUACAAUUAUUUGUCAAUUCAGGUUCUACUCGGCUUAGGGACGAGUAUUCGAUAAUAAUUUAAUAAACCCACGCUGUACAUCGGA